AUGAGCCUAAUCUGUCGUAUGCCAGACACAGUUCCAUUGAUUUUUUGUGAAAGAACUAGGGCUCUGACAUCCAUUACAACAUCCUCAACACUGGUGAGACUCUCAUUCAUAGUUUCAUCCCAUCCUUCAGUUUCGUCCACUGUCUCGACCAUAGCAAAUUUCGGUGGGACUUUUUUGGCUGCAGAUAGCGCAUUGAUUGUGCUUUGAAGAGUACUCAGUUGAUCGACAAGAGAUUUAGUGGUAAUUUUCGGUGUAAGAUCGGCCAGCAGUUCGUCCUCAAGACUUCGUUGCGUCGGAACGCUGAUCUCAAAUUCGCUACCUAUGCCCUUUUUAGAAUCAGGGGGUGUGUUCACCCUAAAGGUGGAACUGUGGGAUUCAACAACGUCAGGGAUCUCCUUUGCAGGUUCUGGUUCAUGAUCAGAUGUUGA